AUGUCAGGCUUGAGCGCGUUUCUCUCUCUCUCUUUCUCUCUCUCUCUCUCUCUCUCUCUUUCUCUCUCUCUCUCUCUCUCACUCUCUCUCUCUCUGUUUAUAGGUGUAAUCAUUUAUGGGGAUAAUAAACAUAUUUAUCUCUCUUUCUUUCUUUCUUUCUUUCUUUCUCUCUCUGCCCCUCUCCUCCUUCUCUCUCACUCACUCUCAACUCAUACACUCGAACGAGGGCCAAUAACCCCAGAAAUCUCCACUGCCUCAGGAACUUGCGACGUACAGACAAAAUUUAAAUGCAAUCUUCUUAUUACUACUAGCCUUGUGCCAUACAAAUUAAGUUUAGUAAGUAGCGAUAUAAUACGUUCUUUCUUUGUUUCUUUUCUUUCUUUUCUUUCUUUUCUUUCUUUUGUUUGUUCUUUUCCUUUCUUUUUUCUCACUUUUUUCCUAUUUUUUCUUUUUCCUCUCCUUCAUUCUUUUUUUAUCCUUUUUUUCUAUUAUCCUCUAUUCUUUCUUUCUUUCUUUCUUUCUUCUUUCUUUCUUUCUUUCAUUUUUGUCUGUCUUUUCUUUCAUUCCUCUCUUUCUUUUUUCCUUCCUUUCUUUCUUUCUCUAUCCUCCUCUCAUAAUUCUUUCAUUUUCUUCCUUCCUUUUUUUCUUUUCCUUGCUUCCUUUCUUUUCUUUCAUCUCUUUUCUUUCUUCUUCCUUUUUUCUUUAGUUUUCGUUUUAUGUUCCCACCAUGUCCUUUUUUUUUUCUUUCUGUCAUUUGAAAAAGAUAACCGAAUCUAG